AUGGAGGAAAUCAAAGGAGCCGAGGACGUGGAAAUGCACAUGGCUGAGGAAGAGGAAGAGGCCGUGGAAGAGGAGAAAGAAGCGGUUAACACACAACCAGCAAUGAAGAAAAAAAAUGUUGCUAACGAUGUUGAAAAAAAAGCUAAUUAUGUUGAUGAAGAAGUGGAGCCUACUUUGUUGUUGGCAUACAAAGGUGAAAGGAGUGAAGAAGAUGUGUGGUAUCUUGACACCGGUGCAAGCAACCAUAUGUGUGGUAGCAAAGAGAAGUUCGUUGAUAUUGAUGAAUCAAUAAAUGGUAAGGUGACAUUUGGAGACUUAUCACAAAUUCCGGUAAGAGGGAAAGGUAAAAUAUUGAUUCGUUUGAGGAAUGGGCAUCAUCAAUUUAUCUCUAAUGUUUAUUAUGUGCCUAAUAUGAAGAACAAUAUUUUGAGUUUGGGACAACUCUUAGAAAAAGGCUACAAUAUUUCCAUGAAGGAUUGUAGUCUUUCGAUAAGAGACCCAUUGGGUAAUUUGAUUGCGAAGGUUCCAGUGACAAAGAACCGGAUGUUUUUGCUAAAUAUUUAA